GAGAGAGGUAGGUCAGAGACAUAAAAGUUCUUUUGGCAGUGACAAUUUAAGUGUGUUAUAGGUGACUGGUCUAUUUAUUUGCCUUGCCCAUUUAAUAGGUUGGAGAUAACAAUUAAUACAUUCCCUCUCUUCAUAUAUCUGGCUUUGUAAACAGUUGUCUCCUCCUUCAAUCCUUGUGGCCUAAUGGAGUCCUCCCAGCUCAUUGGAGAUGCUGAAGAGUGCAGCAGCAGUGAAUCUGGGUGGACCAUGUACCUUGCAUCUCCCAUGCAUGAUGAUACUAACAUGCAUGAUGAUGGUGGUGAUGGUGAAGUUGAUCAAGGCCAUGAUGCGGUUGCUGGUUAUUAUUGUGAGAGCAGUGGCAGCAGCAAUGCAAGUGUUGGUUGCAAUGAAGCCGAUCAUGGAGAUGACUCAUUGGCCUCUGAUGCUUCUACAGGGCCUGCUCAGAAGAUUGAACCAUGCUCGAAAUGUGAUGGUACAGAUGCCAUGGAUUAUCCCAAAGAUGAUGUCAAUGGUGAUGAUAAUGAUAAUGAUAAUGAUAAUGAGAUUUAUAGCCAGUUUUCUUCAAGCUUAUACAAGAGAAAAGAGAAGGUGGAGAAGAGGGGAGAUGGCAAAUCUCCAAGGCCUUUUCUGAAGGGAGCUGGUUCUUCCAGGAGCAGCUCUGAGGUAAGGAGGAAUAAGUUGAUUGGUAAAUAGUUUUAGAAGCUUCCUAGAUUUGCUUUUCUCUUUUCUCUUCUUUUUUUUUUUUUUCUUUUUGGCUAAGAUUGUGAAAUCUAUGAGCUAGUAGAUUUUCCUUGGGAGUUCCUCUGCAGACAACCUGAGAACAAUGAUCUUGCACAUGGAUUCAAAUGCCCUGUCAGCUGAAAUUUUUGAGAAAUAUUGUAGCUUAGUUUCUCAAGUUUCGGAACUUCUCUUUGUGGGACGAAAUGUUUGAUUUGUGACUCUCUGUAUUUAUCAUCUUGCAAUAUUGCCUACCUUUUGA